AUGCGCCUGCGCGGCGGCGGGCUGGGCCGUCUCCCUGCGCCCGCCCCUCACCCCCGGCUCGGUGGUGCUCGCCUGGCUCGGCCGCCUGCUCGCCUCGGGCUCGCCUCGGCGCGCUCCGCGGCCCCCGCUGGGACGAGGGCCGGUGAUAAGGCAGCGGCGAGGUGCUGCCUACGUGGGAGGCUGGGGAUGCUCGCGCUUACUUCCCGCGUGAGGGAGUUGGAGGAUGAGCUAAUGGAGGAAAGGUCCUCACAGCGAGAGGAACGUGGAGGAAGCGCUCGGGCCAUCCUGCGCGGCCCCGCGGAGUCACUCUCCGUGGCCGGAGCUGCCCGCUUCGGACCGCCUGGCGGGGCAAACGGAAGACGUCAGUCCCUUCCAUUGGGAGAUCCUAUGUCUGUCUUUCGGAGCUCCAAGAAAUACCCUUAUUAUCACUGUGUUGGAGCAAGGGAAAGAGCCCUGGACCAUGGAGAGCCAUGUAAAAAUAGUAAGAAAACUGGGUGGGAAUGGAUCAAAGGUGUGAACACAGACAUCUCUCCUAAAUGUGUGAACAAGGAAUUUCCACUGGUGACAGGGAACAAGGAAUUUCACACAGUGACAUCGGAAAAACAUGGAAACAAUGGCCGGGAAGAUUUUGCCCAUCAUCAUAGAGUUCAUUCUGGAGAAAAUUCAUUUAAAUGUAAUGAAUGUUUCAUGGUCUUCAGUCAAACUUCCCACCUUUUAGAGUAUUACAGAAUGCAUACUGGUGAUACACUUUACAAGUGUAAUGAAUGUGGCAAAGCCUUUAGAACACAUGCAAGCCUUCUUAGGCACCAGGUAACCCAUACUAGGGAAAACCCUUACAAAUGUAAUGAGUGUGGCAAGGUCUUCAGUCGCAAUUCAUACCUUGCAAUUCAUGGUAGAAGUCAUACUGGAGAGAAACCAUGUAAAUGUAAUGACUGUGGCAAAGGCUUCUGUCAAACGUCAAGCCUUAUAAAGAACCGCAGAAUUCAUACUGGAGAGAAACCUUACAAGUGUAAUGAGUGUGGCAAAGCCUUUAGAGCACAUUCAAGCAUAACUGCCCAUCAGCUAAUUCAUGCUGGAGAAAAACCUUACAAAUGUAAUGAAUGUGGCAAGGUCUUCAGUCAAAGUUCACACCUUUCAAGUCAUCAUAAAAUUCAUACUGGAGAGAAACCUCACAAAUGUAAUGAAUGUGGCAAGGUCUUCCAUCGAAAUUCACACCUUGCAAGUCAUUGGAGAAUUCAUACUGGAGAGAAGAAGCCUUACAAAUUUAAUGAGUUUGAUAGGGUCUUCAAGCACAGUUCAGUCCUUGCACAACAUAAGAUAAUUCGUUCUUGA